AUCAUUUUUACUCUCACUUUCUCUUCACUUUCUCUCUCUCUCUCUCUCUCUCUCACUGUCCGUUGGAACCAAACAGUUCUCUCUCAGAAAAUCUGUCUCUCUUCUUCUUCUUUUCCCUUUGCUUUCGCUCACUCUUUCCUUCUUUCGUUCACUCUAAUAUGAGAAGAGGGUGCAUUACACACCACUACCGGUUAUGAAUCCCACCACUGAACCACCUCAACCACCGCAACCCCACCGUCCUUCAACUUCUUGUGACCGUCAUCCAGAAGAACAUUUCACUGGUUUUUGCCCUUCAUGCCUCUGCGAGCGUCUUGCCGUGCUCGAUCCCAACACCUCCUCCGCCGCUUCUUCUUCCUCUUCCCGCAAACCCACUGCCACCGCCGCCCUUAAAGCCAUCUUCAAGCCUCCUCAACCGUCGAGCUCCAAUAAUAAUAAUAACAGCAGCAAGUCUUCUUUUUUUCCCGAGCUCCGCCGUACUAAAUCCUUUUCUGCCUCUAAAAACGAAGGGUUUUCUGGGGUUUUUGAGCCUCAAAGAAAAUCUUGUGACGUUCGAGUGAGAAAUACUCUUUGGUCUCUCUUUAAUCAAGACAGCGAGAGAAACCCAUCUGUUAAAAAAGAGCCCUUUAAAGGAGGACCUGAAAUUGAGGCUGUUGAGCCCAGAAUUUCUUGUUCUAGUGUUCGAGGUCCGGUUUUUGAGUCUAAGGAAGAGGAAGAAAUCGAGAACGAAACCGACACUGAAAAUGAGAAUGUGAAUGCCAAUAUUGGUGGAGAUGUCUUGGCUAAUGGGGUCUUAGAAGAGUCUAAUUUGACAGCGAGAAAUUCGAAUGCAAACCCAAUUGAUGAGAUUAUAGAGGAAGAGGAAGAGGAAGGGGAAGAGGAAGACGACUUCGAAGACGACGAAGAAGGGAUUGUUAUAGAGCCAGAGCCAGUUCAAGAAGCAGUUUUGGAGGAGCUUAAGACCAUGAAGGACCAUAUAGAUCUUGAUUCGCAGUCUAAAAAGACUUCAGGGAGGGAUUUUAAAGAGAUUGCUGGUAGUUUCUGGUCUGCUGCUUCGGUUUUUAGCAAGAAAUUGCAGAAAUGGAGGCAAAAGCAGAAGCUUAAGAAGCAGAGAAAUGACGGUCCUGGUUCGGCUACAUUGCCUGUAGAGAAGCCAAUUGGGAGGCAGUAUAGGGAGACUCAGUCAGAAAUUGCUGAUUAUGGGUUUGGUAGAAGGUCUUGUGACACGGAUCCGAGGUUCUCUCUUGAUGCUGGGAGGAUUUCUUUUGAUGAUCCUAGGUAUUCUUUCGAUGAGCCUCGUGCUUCUUGGGAUGGAUAUCUGAUUGGAAGGACAUUCCCAAGAAUGCCUACAAUGGUUUCUGUUGUUGAGGAUGCUCCUGUUAAUGUUGUUUUAAGGUCUGAUACUCAAAUCCCAGUUGAGGAACCACCACGAAUAUCUAUGAAUUCCAUCAAUGAAGAUGAGGCUGUCCCUGGUGGGUCUGCUCAAACUAGGGAUUAUUAUUCUGAUUCUUCCUCGAGGAGGAGGAAGAGUCUUGACAGGUCUAAUUCUAUUAGGAAGACUGCUGCAGCUGUGGUAGCGGAGAUUGAUGAGUUGAAGGCUGUUUCCAAUGCCAAGGUGACACCAGCUACUGCGGAUUAUAUCCAUGGACCUAAGUUGGUGGUUCCUGAUAGGGAUUUUAGGGAUUCAAACUCGAAUUCUUUGAGAGAUGAUUGUUCUGAGACUUUUGACAUGGGGUUUAGAGACAAUGCAUCUUUGGUGGGGGGGAAUGGUGAAAGGAAAGGGGCUAAGAAGCCGCGGAGAUGGAGCAAGGCAUGGAAUAUUUGGGGGUUUAUACACCGGAGAAGUGUUAACAAAGAAGAUGAUGAUGAUAGGUAUAGCAGAGCAAAUGGGGUUGAGAGGUCUUUUUCAGAGUCUUGGCCAGAAUUGAGAGGGGAACGUAAUGGAGAUGUUAGAGGGGGGUUUAACCCGAAGAUUUUGAGGAGCAACAGCAGUGUUAGUUGGAGGAAUUCUCAUAAUUUUGGGGGUGGUGGAUCUUUUAGCAGUGCAAGGAAGAGCAGUGUUGAGACUAAUGGUAAUGGGAGAAAGAAAAGGGACGAGUUUGUGUUGGAGAGGAACAGGAGUGCAAGGUAUUCACCUAACAACAUGGAAAAUGGACUCCUAAGGUUCUACUUGACGCCGCUGAGGAACAGUCGUCGAAAUGGGUGGGGGAAGAGUAAGUCCAGUCAAGCACAAUCCAUUGCAAGGAGCGUGUUGCGAUUAUACUGAAUUGGCAAGUCCAUAAGGUGUUUCUUCGGUUUAAUGUUGUUAAUUUUGAUGCAUUUGUUGUGUAAGCACACAUGCCUAAUGUAUUCUUCAUCAGUUGGUUGGAUAAAAACACCCCUAAAUUUGUUGCCUUUACUGUGAGUUGCAUUGCUUCUUCUCAAUUUUUCUAAUAACAAGAAAUUUUUAGUGUUC